AUGAGCUCUGAUCCUUCAUUGUUCUCAUUGAAUGGCAUUCGUCUCUUUGUCAUUUGCUCACUUCUCACAGCAAUGACAAACUUCCCUUCCGGAUUCUCACACACUUCUGUCAACACGGCAGUUCAUAAACUCAACGAAUAUCUCAAUAAUUCAUUUACCGAACGAUAUCGACCAUUGGAUCACGAGGAAGUCUCACUUUUGAAGUCGGGAAUCAAUUCGGCGUGGUACUUAGCGCAAGUCGCUGGAGCAAUGAGUAGCCCGUAUUUGUGUGAUAGGUAUGGGCGAAAAGUCGCGUUUGCUAUAUCGAUUGCUAUGAUGACGGUGGCGGGGGCGAUUCAAUUGGUGGCUAGUUUUACACAUUAUUCGGAGGUUAUGAUUGGUGGAAGAUUGAUUGCGGCGGUUUUUUCGCCUUUGAGUGAUGCUGCAUUGAUUUUGUAUCUUCAGGUAGAUUUUUGAAUGAUGCCAAAAAUUGCAGAACUGAGUUAUGACGUGGCAAAUUUUGGGAUUCUAGAUUCAAAUAUGAUUUUCAUACAAAUCUGAUAGCAUAGGGUUGAUCGGGAGGCGAAUCGAACAACCCUAUGCUAUCAGAUUUGCAUGAAAAUCAUAUUUUAAUCUAGAAUCCCGAAGUCUGCCACGUCAUAACUCAGUUCUUCAAUUUUUAGGAUCAUUUUCAUGGCGGAUUAAAAACUAUAUACUUUGAAAAUCUAGAAAUUAAAUUUUCAAUAAAAUAAAUAUUUUCUAGUCGUUUUCGACCUUCUGAUCACGAUCACGGGGUCUAAAACUGCAAAGCUCAAAUUCUAAUAUGAGUUAUGACGUGGCAAAUUUUGAAAAUCGGGACUUUAGGAGGUGAAAAGAAGCUUCAAAAAUGAUUUUAUAGCAAACGGGGCAGAUAUUCAUGAAAAUCAUUUCUGAAACUAAUUUUCAGCUGCUAAAGUCCCGAUUUUUGAAGUUUGCCACGUCAUAACUCGUAUUAGAAGUUGAGCUUUGCAAUUUUAGACAUCGGAAUCAUGAUCAGAAGGUCGAAAACUACUAGAAAAUUUAUUUUUUAUUAAAAAUCUAGAAAAAAAUUUUCCAGGAAAUCUCGCCAGCUUCACUUCGUGGUACAAUGUCAUCAUUAUAUUCAACAGGAUAUUCAACAAUGUGCCUUCUCGGAAUGAUUUUAGGACAUGAAGGACUUUUGGGACAUUCCCUUUCCCUCCUCCUCUUCUUCCCAAUCAUCCCCGGAAUUUUGUCAACAAUUUUCAUUUGUUGGAUGCCGGACACGCCGAAAUUCUUGCUGCUCGUCAAAAAAGAUCGAUCAGCCGCGUUGAAUUCGCUGCGAUUCUUCCAAGGAUAUUUGCCCGAUCAAACUUUGUUGAUUGAUUCGAUGGAACAGCAUGGAAAAGAGAAUCAGGUUCAGGAAAAUGAAGAAUCGAAGAAUGAGAGUUCGGUGAUGCAUAUUAUCAGGACUCCACAUUUACGAAAGGCAAUGUUGCUUUCGGUGUCGGCUGCGAUUUUGACUCUUCCGUUUUAUCCGAUUCUUCAAAGCAGCACAUUUUUCUUUACUGAUAUGGGAAUUUCAAUGUGAGUUUUUUUUGGGGAGGAAAAUUUGAAUUUCAUGCUGUAAAACUUGGAAAAUUUUCAUCGAAAAUCUCGCGCUCCACCGAAAUAAACACGCAACGCAGACCGCGCCGCGCCACAACACACACAAAAAAGGGAGGGAAUUUGAAUCGUUCCCUUGUGUUGUGGCGCGACGCGGUCUGCGUUGCGUGUUUAUUUCGGUGGAGCGCGUGAGAUUUUCGAUAAGAGAACGAACAAAAUAUACAUUUUUAUUAGAGACAAGGUAAAAUUGAGAGAGUCUAGACAAAAAAUACAAAAAAACUAAUUUUUGUGUCUGCUCUCUCUCAAUUUUACAUUGUCUCUAAUUUUCUGAAAAUUUUGAAUUUCAGUCUUGGAAAUUUAACAAAAAAAAAUACAUGUUUAUUAGAGACAAGGUAAAAUUGAGAGAGUCUAGACAAAAAUACAAAAAAACUAGUUUGUCUGUCUGCUCUCUCUCAAUUUUACAUUGUCUCUAAUUGUCUCUGAAAAUUUUGAUAUUCACGCUGUAAAACUUGGAAAUUUAAAAGAUUUUGAAAAAUUCAGAAAAUUGUUUUUUUCAAAUUUCUAGAAAAGGAAACUUUUUCAACUUUCUAGUAAUUUCCGGCCCGCUGAAAACGAUCCCAAAAAUUGCAGAACUUCUGAGUUAUGACGUGGCAAAAAUCGGGAUUUCAGGAGGUUAAAAUAUGAAUCACAGAAAAUUAUCUUUGAAACCAGUUUUCAGCCCCUAAAAUCCGAAUUUUCGAACUUUGCCACGUCAUAACUCAUGUUAGAAGUUGAUUUCUGCGAUUUUUGAUAUCGGAAUCGUGAUCAGCGCGUCGAAAACUACUAGAAAACUUGAAUUUUAUCAAUGAACUCUCCCUGAAAAAUGAAAAUAUUCCAUCAAUUUUUCCAGCGAAUCUUCUCAAAUGUCCUCAAGUCUUAUGAUGGUUGUUCUAACAUGUUCAUCAAUUUGCUCAACAAUGGUUAUCGAUCGAAUUCCACGUCGAAUCCUUUUGCUCACCUGUGGAUUUGGAACUGUUGUCUUUAUGUGUAUUUUCGCUGUCGCUGAACAACUUCAAAAUCAAAUUGUCGCAAUCGCAGCAUGUUUUGGAUUUGUAAUGUCAUAUGGAAUCGGUGUUGGCCCGGUGAUUUGGUCGAUUCCACCAGAACUUUCACCACUACAAAAUCGAUCAAUGAUGUUCUGUUUGGUGUAUUCGAUUCAUAGUUGCUUGGUGGUUAUCACGAAUUUCUCAACGAUCCCGCUUUUCAUGAGCAUUGGAGCAUUUUCGUUUGUGUUGUUGUUUGCGAUUCCAUCAUCGAUUGCAUUGAUUUAUCUGCUGAUUCUUUUGCCGGAGACAAGUGGCCGUGAAAUUCACACAAUUAUUAAUGAACUCAAAGGACUUGAUGAGGAGAAGAAGAAUAAUGUGAUUAUUUGUAACGCCUAA